CGGAGAUCUGCAGGUCCAAAUGGGAAGUUGUCAUAGACAACCGUCCAAAGUCCAAGCACUCGUAGGCGGGCCCAGUGGCAGGGACCGAUUCGGCCGCGCCGUGCCUUCAUGGUUCUUCUAGUCCGCCGACGAAGGCUGGACCCACCACAACCGCAGGAGAAGAGGAGCGGCGGCUGCGCUUGCGCAACGGCAUAACUCUCUCCCGCGCGGCCGGCCGCCUUGGCGUCGCGGACGUGCUCGUGCGCCCCCGACCCAAGCCGGGCAUGUCGGCGUCGGAUCUCCCGGACGAGCUGUGGGCGCGCGUCCUGGAGCUGGGUGCCGCGUCGUCCGCGCUGGGGUUCCGCGACCUCUGCUGCCUCGCCAUCACCUCCCGCCGCCUCCACCGCCUCUCCCUCCACUCCUCCCUCUGGUCGGUGCUCCUCUCCCGCGACUUCCCCUCCCAAUCCCAACCCUCCUCCUCCUCUUCCUCCUCCCAGCAGCAGCAGCAGGUCCACCCCAAAUCCCAGUACAAAACCAAGUUCGAGAGGCACAAGGUGCGGAUGGCGGAGGCGAGGCGGCGGGUGGUGUUUGAGGCGGAGGCGCGGGUGCUUGCGUGCAGGAGGCGGCUAGCGGAGCUGGAGGAAUCGAUGCGGGCGGAGGGGGAUAGGAUGAAGGCCGCCGCGCAGGAGUUGGACAACCUCGAGAGGGUCAGGAGAGCUUCUGUUGCAUUAAAUGUAUGGCAACCGCAAGUUGUUCGUGGGCGUCAGAAGCAGUUGGUUCAGCAAUGCACAGUUCAUGUUGAUUCCCGUCUUAGUGAUCUAAACAUGGAACUGAAAGUUUGUAAGCAACAAAUAGCAACAUCUAAGAAUAUUUAUAACAAGGAGAAGCAGAAGUUGAGUGAGUAUGAGGAAACAUUGGAACGAGCAAAAUAUCAUCCGCUGCGGAAUAGUCAUACAGGCGCAAUUGCCAAAGAACCGCAUGCAAAGAGGAAGAAACUAAAGUAAGGCUACUGCUUGUCUUCAGGUCCUCCUUUGCCUCAAGAUAACAAAACCUGCGACGCAGAAGAGAUAAUGCAUUCAUCUCGGGGAAAGGCGGGUGCUGAUGUAUUUGCAGAUUCGGACAGCACGGCAAAGCUUCUGCGUGCGGUCGUUUGCUUGUGCAUGUGUACACUAUGGCCGGGGCGUUCGUCCUUGCCAGGCGCGGCGAUGAUGCUAUGAUAGGAAGCACCUUCGGUCGUUCCAUGUUGCUGAAAGAAUCUUGUUCACAUAUGCUGUACACCGUCCACCGGCCAGCUAAUUCUAUCGCAGAAAGACGCCGACUAUUCUAUGGCAGAAUAGUCUGGCGUCGAUGCUUAUCCUUCGCGAAGUUGUGGGCUAUAGCAGAAGCUUGCCAGAUUUGACUUUAUUCGUUCAGUUGAAUAUUAACUUGUACGCAACUGUUUAGCAUCGCAACUUGUCUAUUUUCCAUUACUUAAAAAAUGAAAAGAAACUUUUCCAUCU